AUGACCGGUCGCCCAGCAGAUCUCCCCAAGUUUUCCGACCUCCCCCUGAAUAAGGAUGACCCGCCACACUCAGCAUGGGGUCUCUACGGCAAAGAUGACCAGCUGGGGUUUCUAAACAGGCAGACAAAUGAGGUUGUCAAAGAGGCGGCGGGUGAGAUUCAAACCGGAGUUAGGGUCUCUAUGAAUUGGCCCCUGGAUGCCCAAAGCGACCUCCCCUUCUUUGGGCGACAGAUCUUUGAGAAAAAGAUCGUCCAAAGGGCCCCACGCAUCGUGUAUGAUGAUGUGUGGACGUUCAACACUCAGAGUAGCAGCCAAUGGGAUGGCCUGCGUCAUGUCGCGUAUCAAAAAGAGAAAAAAUUCUAUAACGGAGUCACCCAGGAGGAUAUCGUCGGACCCAACAAGAACAAUGCCAAUGGGGUGCAAGCUUGGGCGGAAAAGGGCAUCGUCGGCCGUGGCGUCCUCCUGGACUACCAUAAGUGGCGUGUAGAGAACAAUAUCCCCAUCGACGUCUUCAAGUACAGCCCCAUCCCACUCAAGCAUCUUAAGGCGGUAGCAGAAUCGCAGGGAACUGAAAUAAAGUUCGGAGAUAUUCUAUUCAUUCGCGUUGGGUAUAUGGUUGAAUUUAACAAGCUUUCCAUGGCGCAGUUAACUGAACUUGCAAAACAAACAAGCCCCCAACUCAUCGGCGUCGAGCAAACAGAGGAUAUGCUGGAAUGGAUCUGGGAGAACUUCUCAGCGGUUGCUGGGGACCAUCCAGCCUUUGAAGCUUACCCACCUCCUGAGCAUUUGAAAUUGCACGAAGUUCUGCUGGCCGGGUGGGGUUGCCCCAUCGGUGAACUCUUCGACUUGGAGAAACUGGCAGAAGAAUGCGAAAAGCAAAAGCGGUGGUCGUUCUUCGUUACAAGCGAGGUGUGCAAUGUCCCUGGAGGUGUUGCAAGGUGA